GCAACUAAAAAGUUGGACCAAGUUUGAUCGAGUAAGACCGUGAUGAACGGUUUGAUCUCACAGUCAAAAAAAUAGUAUUUUUUUUUUUCUUCAGAAUUUUGUUGGAUUCAUUUCAAUGUAAAUUUUUUUAAUAUUUACUAUUUGUUUAUUAUUUUUCACUUACAAAAUAAAGACAUUUAUAGUAUAAUUUAAGAUGUGCUUUUAAAGCGAUGAAAAUUCAAAUAACACAAUUGAAAAGGGAUCGAAGGAGUAAUGGUCUAUAUUCAAGUUUAUGUAUGUAGUCACAUAUAUAUAAGGCUUAUGAGUUAUGACCCCAUAAGCUAUUGAUUGAAUAAUUUCCCACCCAACUAACUAAACCUAUAAAAAAAAACUAAAGAAAAAAAUAUAUUGUUGUUUGAGAUCAAAAUGGAGCAAAUUUUACCAAAAAUUCCUCACGUAUUGAUUUUCCCUUUGCCAAUCCAAGGUGCAGUUAACUCUAUGCUAAAACUAGCCGAGCUCAUCCUCCUUGCUUCUAAUGGCCAAAUCCACAUCACCUUCCUCACCACGGAGCACGUCCACCACCGUCUCAAGCUCCACGCCAAGGCAGCCACCCGCUUCAACGCCUAUCCCGGGUUCUCUCUUCAGAGCUUCACGGAUGGCCUACCGGAAGAUCAUCCUCGUGGAGGCGACAAAUUUAUGGAAAUGUUGGAUGCUGUAGAAGCUGUAAGCUGCCCACUUAUAAGGGAGGUGCUAGUAAGAGAUUCAAAGUUUGUAGAAAAACCUAUAACAUGUAUGAUACCAGAUGGUUUAUUCGACUUUGCUUUGGAUGUUGGUAAAGAGGCUGGAAUUCCUGUUAUUUACUUUGAUACAAUUAGUCCUUCUUGCCUUUGGGUCUAUCUUUGCCUUCCUAAGUUAAUUGAAGCUGGUGAAGUUCCAUUUCAAGAAAAUGAUGAUUUUGAAGCACUAGUUAAUGUCCCUGGCAUGGAAGGUCUCUUGAGGCGACGUGAUCUUCCUGAUUUUUGUCGAGCCAACAAUCAUACUAGUAACGUUAUGAUCCAACGCAUUUCGAAACAAGCGAAGCAAUUUAGCAAGGCUUCGGGCUUUAUACUCAACACAUUUGAAGAACUAGAAGUACCAUUGCUUUCCAACAUUCGCUCUCAUUUUCCAAGUGUGUAUGCUAUUGGUCCCGUACAUCUACACUUGAAGGAAAGAAUAUCGCAAAACACAACACUAUCUUAUAACUUAAAUAGUUUGUGGCAUGAGGAUAGAAGAUGCUUAGAGUGGCUCGAUCAACAACCUCUAAAAAGUGUCGUCUUUUGCAGUUUUGGAACUCAAGUGUGUACAACCAAGGAAAAUCUCAUGGAGUUUUGGAUAGGUUUGGUAAAUAGUGGGAUUCGAUUUUUAUGGGUUAAACGACCACAAUCUGUUAUAGGGAUGGACGACAAUGUUCUCAAUUGGGACGAACAAAUACCUAGUGGUUUGCUAAAGAGUGUGAAGCAAAAUGGGUAUGUGAUAGAUUGGGUUCCACAAGAAGAAAUUUUAGGUCAUUCUUCUAUUGGAGGUUUCUUAACUCAUAGUGGAUGGAACUCGACAAUGGAAAGUAUUGUGGCAGGAGUGCCUAUGAUAUGUUGGCCUCGUUACGUAGAUCAAUUAGUUAUUAGCAGGCAUGUGAGCCAUGUUUGGAAGGUUGGAUUAGACAUGAAGGAUGUAUGUGAUAACAUUAUAAUAGAGAAUAUGGUAAGGGAAAUCAUGGAUAAAAGGAAAAAUGAGUUCCUACAAAAAUCAUAUGCAUUAGCCAAUUUAGCUACACAAUCGGUAAAGAAAAAUGGAUCUUCCUAUUGUUCUUUGGAUAAAUUAGUUGAUGACAUAAUGUCUUUUAGAUUAGCAAUGUGAGUAGAAAAGAUAAAUGUCUUGCUUCUUGACUUUGGUUUUCUAGUAAAUAAUGGCAUUUUACUCUAAGCAAUAUGCAAUUCUUAUUUUUCUCUGUCUAAGUUUGACAAUAUUUGGGUAAGAAGUUGGUUGCAAAGCAUAUUCGUAUGAUUUUUUUUUUUUUUUUUUUUUUUUUUUUUUUUGAGGAAACAAGG